AUGGAAAUCCACCGUGCAUUGUCAGACAGCACAGAAGAGGAUGAAGAAAUCCCAACGAAAAAUCCAUUUAAAGUCCCAUCAGAUAAGGAACUUUUCUCAAUGAGGGAUAAGGAAAUAAAAAAGGCACAGGCAGAACGUGAAAAGAGGAAGGCCAUGAAAGUCCAUGAGAAAACUACUUACUCCACUAAAAUUAAGGCAAAAAGUGGGUUGAGGAGAGCUUUGAAAAAGGAGGAAGAAGAGGAAGGCAGAAGAGAGCCAACAUGUGAAGAGAGACUGAAAGUUCUUCAGGAGUUGCUUUCAAAGAAGUUAGCCAUGAAAAAAGAUUACGCAUUAGACAGGGAGACUUUCUACGGCUACAUGCAGGACAGAAAAGAGAUUUUUUUUCUUGAGUAUGCCAUCGCAGUGAAGAAAGGGGAGAUUGAAAAGAUGGAGAACAUAGCAAAGAACGAGGAAAAAAAACUGGAAAAGGCUGAGAGAAGGAUGGAGAAGGAUGCUGCCCUGUUUGAUGAGUUCCUGAAGGAGAACCAUAAUAACUCUGUUGAAGCACUGAGAAUGGCCAAAAGAGAAACCUCAGCAAAGGCAAAGAAAAUAACAGAGAUCCAGGGAAUCUCUACCCAAAUAAAGAAAAUCCAAAGUGAUAUCUCCUGGUUCGAGGACACUCUGCAAGAGUACAAAAUGUACAGGGACAUCCUCUAUCAGCUAUCUCCGAAAGAGUGGCAGGAGAAACAUGGGAAAAGGCACAAAAAAGAAAAGGAAAUUAAAAGAGAAUCCAGACUUAAAGGAGGAAAUGCUUCACCUCCCCCUGGUGCAGAGCAGGACCAGGAUCCCACAGCCAGGACMAACACUGCCCACAGCACCAGUUUUACAGACAUGCCAAGUUCCCUGCUGUUYGCAGAAAGUUUGGAUUUCAGGUCACAUGAUGACAAGCCACAGCUCAAACACUUCCUGAAGCCUCUUUUAUCAAGAGAACUAAAUUCGCGUGAGGAUGCAGAAGGUGAAAUCAGCUCAGAUGAAGAUGAGGAGCCUAAGCUGUAUUUUACUGAUCCUGAACAACUGCUGAGUACUUUCACGGAGAUGCAGGAUGAGAACAUAUCCUUCAUCCAGAACUCCCAGGACAUAGAGGAAAGUUGGAACAAUAUCCAACAGACUUUCCUCACCACCCAUGAAAGCAUGGAGAAGGAAUCGGCAGAGCUGAAGCACGAGGUGAACACCCUCCGAGCCUCCGUGGUCAAGGAAGAAGAGAAAGCAGCCGAUCUGAAGCGCAAAGUUCAGCUCUUUUCCUGUGAAGCACACGAAGCUGAUGAUCAGGACAAAAUGCUCACAAGUCUGAACAAGAAGGUGCUGGAAGUCUAUGGCCAGUGCACUGGAGACAGUGAGACAAACCUGACAACAGUACAGAUGUUAAAGGUAAUAGAGAAACGGCUCAAUGAUUUACUGGACAGCGUGGAGGGAGUCCCACCAUUAAAGAUAGAAAACACUGUGAAAGUCAUAAGGAAGGAACAGAGGGCAAGGCUCAGAGAGGAAAAGCAGAAACAGAAGCAGCAACAUGAUGAAGGAUCGAAAAAGGAUAAGGAAAGACCACAAGCACCUGCACGAAAGCACGUCUAGACAAGGGCCCUGCACUCCAAACCCUGCCAGGAAGGAGCAGAAAAAGAAMAGCCAAGGACAAACAGAUAAGGAGACUGAAGAACAAUUGCAUUAUUUCUCUUGAUGGCACAGCCUUAACCACAGCUUGUGGAGCAGAUGCUGCUCUAAAGUCUUUUGCAGAUSUACAUUCUGCCUGUCUUUGCUCAGUUGAACUUUACUGCACCACAAAAUUUCCUUCUUCUCUGACAUUAAGAUUCCAGGGAAAGUUUGCAACCCCCUUUCCCRUACUUUGAUAUUUUGCCUAAGAAAAGAAAUAAAAAUUCUCUCAUUUUGCUUCUCAAGCUCCUGCUAAGCACCAAUGCAUUUCUCAUUCAGUUUGUGAUGCCAAUAGCACUAUCCCCAUGAACUUGAGCAGUGAAUUCUAUCACAGUCCCAGGUGACAAUCUUUGUUAAGGCACAACUAAGCCAGGCACCUCCCAGACAUUUGACACAGGUCUUCAGAAGGACUAUAAAAACCAAGGGCAAUGCUCUAACCCAAAGUCAUUACAGACUUCAGCCCACUACUGUAAAGAAGCAGCAACCRAAGGAAGAACACAAACUCUGCAGAAAUCAAGCUGCCCAUAAGUAGCUUUGUGUCAGAUGCAUCCAUGCAAAGAAUAAUACCCAGUGACAAACUGAC